CGGAAAAACAGUUGACAAGGUUUCGAGCUUUGCCAACGACUUACGUUACGACAACGUUUAAAAAAGGAAAGCAGUGGUCUCCAGACAGCUUGAGGGCGAAUUCUUUUUAAAGGCUGUAGGGAGGCAAAGAAAGAAUGACUGCCAUGAACGGCUCCGAGAUGAAAGUAAGCGAACACGAGAAAAGGGUGGAUGAAGAAGUCAAGCAACUCUUGCUGGACAUCCGAAGAAUUGGAAAUGUACCUGGAUCGCCACAGGUGAAGUUUGGAGAACUGUUUGACGACGACAACGUACAACAGUUCUACGAAGCCUUAGUAGGAACUCUUAAAUCGGCGAAAAGACGCGGUGUGAUCGAUUUCAAGGGUCAGAUGCUUCUGAAAGGCAUGCACGACAGUGUGAUUAUCUCCAUUACAGAGCAAGGUCAGAAAGUUUAGCAGGCUUUCAAAUAGUACUUCCGGUCUUCACUAAUGGUUUUGCUUUAUCCGUGUACAACAGAUACCGUACCCACUUUGGCCUGAAGCAUAUUUGCUAUACAUUUUACGUUCAUAAUUUCUACUGACAGUAAGUUUUUGAUUUUCAAUGCUGUAUGCUGUUUGUACGAGGCAACCGGCAGUUUAAAAUGAGCAUGCAGAUAUGCUAUAAGAAACGAUUGUGUUUAUUUCGACUUGACAGUUGGUAUUGCAGGCUGUGAACCAUCCACAGAAAUUAUUCCGCCGGAUUCGUGGACUUUGUCAAUCAGAAAGUCGACGGUUUUGUCCUUGUCAAGACCGGCCUUCGUUUUUCCGUGUUUCCAGCGGUCGUCUGUGUUGUCAUAUUCGAAACCCGAUGAGCGCAAGUGCUCUUCAGAGAUACUAGCAUUGAAAUAGUGGUGAACAACCAACGAGACGUGGGAAUGGAAUGACUCAGUCACAACACCGCUGAGUUUCCCACCUUUGGCUGGACAAAAUAUAAGGGCAUCGCAUUGCACAGUAUAAUGAAUAUAAGGCAAUUCGUUCAAAAUCUCUCCCCUGCCUCCCUUUGCAAUUUUCAAAUUAUUGAACGCCAAAAGAAUACCACCCAUGCCAUCCGUGAACUUUAAAAGAAACAGCCUCAAAUUUUCUUCAAUACUUUUUCGUACGUUGUGGAGACCAGCUGGAAGGAUAGAAACGAUGAGCUCUAGCUUCUUUUCCAAAAAAACAGGCACGACAACCACCGGCAAACCAUUUUCUUUGCGACGCAUUUUCGACUCUUUCUUUGCUUUUCUUGCUCUCUCCACUCCCUCGGAAAAGUCCUCCGUGCGCUCUCUCUUUCCCAUCUUGGCUGGUCAAUAAGAGCGAAGAAAGUAGGGAGAUAUGUAUGCAGGACGACGAGCGAUAAACUACGAGAGCAGCAGACGCUUUGAGCUAUGUGACUUCCCCCUCGGCUUGUGAUUAUUGCAUACGCCGCAAAAGCAGGAUGACUUCACGGUUAUCACAGUUCCAAAGUCGAAAUAUGUUCGGCGGGCUGUCUUCCCAUUGUCAA